AUGCCUCAAUUACCUCGCUACGAAUACACCGGUCCGGUGGACUGCACCAUUCCACCGAACCGACAUGUACUCAAAGGAAAAAGUGUCAUUAUUACGGGCGGAGCAAAUGGCAUGGGUGAGGCAACGGCCCGAGCUUUUGCCGCCGAAGGGGCGUUUGUUACAAUUGCCGAUCUUGAUGUUGCAAGGGGUGAACGUGUUGCAGAGGAGCUAAGUCCGAAUGCUCGCUUUGUUAAAUGCAAUAUCACGUCCUGGGAAGAUCAAGUCUCUAUGUUUGAAGCGGCGAUUACCCAUUCACCGCAUCGGAGUUGUGAUAUUGUCAUUGCAAAUGCCGGAAUUAGUCGUGCUUCUGGAGACGAUUUAUGGCCUUUGGAUGACCCCGAUAAUGUGCCAGUAAAGCCGAAGCUGGAUAUUGUCAAUGUCAACUUGAUUGGCACGAUGUAUACAUGGAAACUGGCCGUGCACUACUUUCGCAAGCAGCCCGAUACGGAGGAUCGAGAUCGCUGUUUUAUCAUGACGGGAAGCAUGACGGCGUGGAUUGACUCACCUGCAAAUUGGCAGUACACGAGCACCAAAUAUGCACUGCGCGGAUUGAUGAGAACUGCGCGGCGAAAUUCCCACGAACAAGGGAUUCGAAUUAACUACGUUGCUCCAUGUUAUAUCAAAAGCGCUAUCCGCUCAGCUGAGUACGAAGCCCAGCUGAUCUCCAAGGGGGUUGAAUUCGCUCCCCAAGAGGAUGUGGCCACGUGUAUGAUGAAGCUUGCGACAGAUAGGACAAUAAACGGCCACUCUUUGAUGAUUACGCCACGGUCGGUUGCUAAAGAAGGCUUCAUGGAUGUGGGAAAAGAUGACCAUACCGAGGAAGGGUAUUUUAAACAUACACAGGAGGUUCAGCUUAGGAUUAUCGAGGACCAAUGGGUGCCGGGUUGGAGCAAAGGGAGAACCUCCGAGGGUGCGAAGAAGUCCUGA